AUGGAAUGCAUUGGUUAAGUUAACUUCUUAAAUGAAGAUUAGACUGGUAGAUUCUAUGGUGAAAAAGGUUACACUAUUGAUAAUAAUUCAUAUUUUGUCCAAGUGCAGUUAAUUUACAAUAGAUAAGAAUAAUAGAAUGGAUAUUGGUGCCCUUUAUUUAACAUUGGAGUCUUGAACUUCCUUAGCACUGCACCAGAUCAAAAUUAAAGACUAUUUUCACCAACUACUUUAAUGGAUCAGGAUUGA